UCAAGAUGUUACAAUCAGGAGGAAAUGAAGUGAAGUUUUCAAGUAGAACGCCCACCUUCUACCCUCGGCCACCGUAAACUUUGCAAUGUCUCGGCUUCAAACUACUCCUAAAACCAGCAUUGCUGUUAAUAUUUUCAAACGUGUCGAACAUCCAGAUAUACUCGAUGUGAUACGUUCGAGAGGCCUGCAGAAAAAAUCUUCCACAUCCAGUUUGCACUCACUAUGUAGUGUGCAACCAACUUCAGUAAAAGAUUUAAGAAGUACUUCAACAGACAGCGAACAAUCCGUUAAAAAGGAAGAAAAAUGCGAUUCAGAUUCAGAUGAUGACAGCGUACUGGCGUGCAACAAACCGAAACAGCUGAACAGUGUAGCCAGUUUACCGGAAGAAACUCUUCUUAGGCGACAUCAGCUGUAUGCCACUGACAUUGAAGAUUCGAAUGAUGUGCUUUUUGCUAUAGCUCCUACGAUAAGAGCAAUAUAUGAUGGAGAUGAAUAUGAAAAGUUUAUGGAAAGGCUUGAUGCCAGAAUUAAAAAUCAUGACAGAGAUAUUGAACGCAUGUGUAACUUCCACUAUCAAGGAUUCAUUGACUCCAUACGUGAAUUGUUACAAGUGAGAACCAAAGCCCAGAAAUUAAAGACUGAAGUCUUACUAACAAAUGAUGAGCUUCAAGAGAGUGCUAAGAAAGUCAUACAGAAAGCUGAUGAAUUAGUGAAAAACAGAAAAAUUCAAUAUAAUAUAUCAUGUGCUAUAGAGAGUCUAAACCUGUGCCAGCCAGUUUUGGAAAUGUAUUUCAAGUUAAUGUACCAAAUGAAGGAAAAAAGGUAUUAUCCUGCGCUGAAAAUUUUAGAACAACUAGAGCAUACUUAUUUACCUAGGGUUAGUCGGUAUCGAUUUGCUCAGACUAUGAAAUCUACGAUUCCAGUACACAGAGAAAAAAUCAAAGAAGCUUCUAAGUCAGAUUUGAAUGAUUUUCUUGAAAAUGUCCGACGUAUAUCGCCAAUGAUUGGUGAAAAAGCCAUGAAGCAUGAAUCUGAACAAAGUAAUGUGGAUAUUGACUUCAAGUGGAAAAGUAAGAAGCGAAAAGCUCCUCCUCCACCUAAUCCUUUCACUGGUGAAGUUGAGAAAUUACCAGAUGAUUUUAAUUUUGAUGAUGGAGAUGAUUUGAGUGCUCAGGAUAUGAUUGAUUUUUCUCCUGUGUAUCGAUGCCUACAUAUCCAUACAGUAUUAGGAGAACGAGAAUCUUUUGAGCGUUAUUAUAGAAACCAAAGAAAGCAGCAAGCUAAAUUGGCUUUACAGCCAUCAACAAAUAUGAGUGAAACUAUAGAUGGUUACAGAAAUUACUUCAGUGGCAUUGUUGGUUUCUUUGUUGUUGAAGAUCAUGUGUUAAAUACUGGGAAUGGUCUUGUCAACAGAGUUUAUUUAGAUGAAGUAUGGUCAAAUGCUUUGUCAAAAAUAGUGGCUUCCUUAAGAACACCAUCUGAUUGCUCUACAGAUACGGCUCUUAUGUUGGAACUAAAGUGGUUAAUACUGCUUUUUAGUUAUACACUUAAGACAUAUGGUUAUCCAGUUUCUCAGCUAUUUGAUUUAUUAUCAGAAAUCCGGGACCAGUACAAUGAAAUACUUAUGAGGAAGUGGAAUAAAAUAUUCAGAAAAAUUUUUGACUCUGAUAAUUACCAUCCUAUUGAAGUCGAAAACCAAGAACAAUAUGAUGCAAUCAUCAGUAGGUUUCCAUAUCAUGAUGAAGACUUAAUGCUGGCACCUUUCCCAAAGAAAUUUCCUUUUUCACAAUUUGUUCCUGAAGUUUACGAUCAAGUAAAAGAAUUCAUUAAUGCUUGUUUGAAAUUUUCACAGGGCUUGAAUCAAAGCCAAACUGAAAUUCAGGACAUGGUUAGGAAAUCCACAAAUUUGCUACUUACUAUUACUUUAAGUGGAUGUCUUUCUAACCUUAUAAAGAAUUCAAGCCUAGGACUUUUACAGUUGAUUCAAAUCACAAUUAAUACUAAUCAUCUAGAAGAUGCCAGCAUAUAUCUAGAAGAUUAUAUUUCUACUGUUACAGGGUCUGCCAGUGAAUCCUUCCAUGUUGCAAAACUGCAAAGCCGUUCUAUGUUCAAGGAUGCUCGAGCUGAUGCUGAAUCUCAAAUCUAUGAAAAGUUAAAUGAAAAAAUUGAUGAAUUUUUAGAGCUAGCCAAUUAUGAUUGGUUGUUGAACGAACCAGAGGGUCAGGCAAGCAGUUACCUUACUGAUCUGAUUGCCUUCUUGAAAAGCACCUUUGAAGCCUUUACUAACCUUCCAGAUAAAGUUGCUCAAACAGCUUGUAUGUCAUCGUGCAAACAUAUUGCAAGUGCUCUCAUGGGUUUUCUUUUGGAUAAAGAAGUCAAACAUAUAUCUAUUGGGGCUUUACAACAAUUCAACUUAGAUGUGAUGCAGUGUGAAGUUUUUGCAAAUUGUGUUCCUGUCAGAGGUUUUGAAGAAGGAAUUUUAUUGAUGUGCUUUGCUGAAUUGAGACAGUUAUUAGAUUUGUUUACUGAGUGGGACUGGUCAAAUUAUUUUCGAGAAUAUGGCCAAGAAACAAGUAAAUAUUUGAGGGUAAAUCCACAUACAGCUAUAAUUUUAUUAGAAAAAAUAAAAGAAGCUGACAAAAAGAAAAAUCUCUUCUCAGCCCUGAAGAAAAAUGAGAGAGAUAAAAAGAAGCUUUUAGACACUGUAUUAAAGCAACUGCGGCAGUUGACAACAAAUGGAGCUUUAUAGUAUUUUCUGUAAAGUGAAGUUAAAUCUAGGACUAUAUUUUUAAAUCUUGUGUGCUUAGAAUUUUGUCAUUUUAUUAUCAAAGAGCACAUGAAAAUGCUAAUAUAUACUCAAAUGUAAAAGGUCUAUUUUUGUCUUAUCUUGUACAUUUUAUUUAAACCUGUCAGAAGGGGAAAAAGUGUUAAUAUGUUUAAAAAUUAUAUAUGUAACAGUAAUAUUUUUCCCAUUAAAUUAUUAUCAAUAUAUUUUGUAAUGUUAGGGAAUUUUGUUAUCUGUAUGUAAUUUUAUGUAAAAUUUCAGAUGGAAUAUAUAUGUGUGUUAUAGUUUAUUUGUUUGUUUUUGUGAAUAUAAAUAAUCAUAGUGACUUUUUUCUCUAUCAGUUUCAUACUUUUGUGUACAGUAUAUUAUUUUGAAUAAUUUGAGCAGUGUUGUUAAUUCCAGUGAUAAGAAUGGGGCUCAAAUUUUGCAUAUUAGUAUAAAUUUUGAUUUUUUUAAACAUAUUUUAAGAACAGUAGUAAUGAUAUAGAAGAUGUUUUUUAGGUAUUCCGAAACUGAUAAAAGGAUACUUUUUUACUAAAAAAUAUACUUUUGUAAAAUAAUGAUUAUAUCUAAAAUAAUAUCCAACCUUUUUUGCUUAUGAUAUAGUUGGUGCUAAAUUAGUGAUCUCAGAAUUCUGUUUCUUGUUCAUAAAGUGUUCUUGUAACUUGUGUGGUAAUUUUGUCACAGUUCUUGUAUUGCUAGAUCUUGAAAAAAUUAGACUUAUAUUCAUUAUUUGUAAUGGAUUAAUUUGUAUGAAAACAAAAAUUGUUUAUUAUACUUGAUAAAUAAAAAAAAAAUAUUUCUUAUAUUGCAUUUCUAUUUUAUAAUUUAAAAAAAAUAUUGUUAUUAUUUUUAAAAUUGUACUUAAAUGAGAUAAACAAAAGUUUUAUUCU